AUGGCGCAAUUGUAGAUGCCACUGGGAAAGAGGACCGUCUAUCAGACUAUCAUCAGAGUUUAGGGCAAAAAGAAGAAUUUCAAUUUCACAUUUAAAAUAAAUAAUUCUGCUAUUAAAUAUUGUAACUAAUGGAUCAAAUAUUUGGCAAGGUAGGUGGUUAUUGGUUUAAUCAAAAAGCCACCAAGGAGCUUGAUUCUGUGAGCAAUAAUAUCAAUACGGUGUCAAACAAUAUUGACAAUGGAGCCAAAUGGUUGGUCGGCAAAGUAACAGGUAAAGUGCAAAAGCCAUUGCCAGAUCUUCUCAAGGAGUUUGACUUGCCAUUAGGCAUCUUCCCUCUUGUUGUGACCAGCUACGAGUUCGAUGAAGGAACAAAAAGAUUAGAAGUGCAUGUAUCUUCAGUCUGUGAAGUAGCUUACAAGGACUCGUCUGCCUUGCGCUUCUCCACCAAUGUGUCUGGAUAUCUGGAGAAAGGAAAGUUUACAGAUAUAGAGGGAUUGAAAACCAAGGUGAUGCUUUGGGUAAAAGUAACAUGCUUGGCCACUGAAGGGUCAAAGCUCCAUGUCACAGCAGGACUGAAGAAGACAAGAAGUAGGGAUGCUUAUGAGGUUCAACAUGAGGGAGUUGCUGUUGAUAAAUUCUGAGCGGGUCAGAUUUACUUGUAUAUAUGAUCACAGUAUUUCUAGCAUCUUUUUAUCCCCUUCGGAUCCUUUUCCUUGUUUUAAAAUUCACUAUUAUGAUUAUACAAUUAAAGACUAUGUUUGAAGAUAAAAAA